AUGAGUUUAAAAGAUGGUUUCAUGCUGAUAAAAGUCGAGUUGAGAAAUCUAUAAAUGGUCUAAAUAAAGGACUCAGUGACUGAAGAUCCAGCGAUAUGAACAGCUCAGCCUCAGUUGUCAUGACACAAAUGAUAAUGGUGUUUGUCGUGGCUCUGCUCUCUGUUUUCACGGCGUCUGUUUGUGGAUUCAAACCAUUGGACUGUUCUGAUAUCUAUAAUUCAGGACAAACAGUCAGUGGGAUUUACUCCAUCUAUCCAGCAGGUGACGUUCCUGUCUGGGUUUACUGUCAGAUGAUCUCAGAUAUGAACGAUAAAGACAAAGGAGGAUGGACGGUGAUUCAGAGGAGAAUGGAUGGCAGUAUUAAUUUCUAUCAGCCGUGGAAAGAGUACAAAACAGGUUUCGGGACCACGGAGGGCGAAUACUGGCUGGGGCUGGAGAACAUGUACCAGCUGACACACAACAGGAAGUACAUGCUGAGAGUGGAUCUGGAGGACUUUGAUGGAAGGAAAGGUUUUGCUCGUUACUCGUCUUUCUCUGUGGGUCCUGAAACUGACGGGUAUACACUACAAGUUGCAGGGUUCAAGGAUGGAGGAGCUGGCGACUCGUUGACUGACCACAAUGAUCAGAAGUUCUCCACCUUCGACAAAGACCAAGAUGCCUAUGGAAAUAACUGUGCUAAAGAGUAUCUGGGGGCAUUUUGGUACAAAUUUUGUCACACUGCAAACCCCAAUGGCAUGUACUUAUGGGGAGAAGACAACACCCAUUAUGGCAUUGGUGUUGUUUGGUCAACCUGGAAGAACAGCUUCACUGUCAGUAUGAAAUCCUUCAGCAUGAAGAUCAAACGUGUGUCUUAGAAAAACAUCUGAUAUUGUUAUAGUUAUAUGACAAUGUUUAAAGUUUUGCUUUUCUUUCUUAACUGUGCAACUCAAUAAACCAAUAAUGUUCUCUUUA